GUGAAUUGUAGGGCUUAAGGCGCGGGGAAUGGCGUCGGCUGCGAAUCAUCUCGUGUGGUGUGCCGCAUUUCAGCUCGGCGCAGUCCGGCGAGCAUCUUGCCUCACCACUUGCAGGUUUCUCGGCGUCUCUGAGACUUUGGUGCGGCAGCGAGUGCCUGGCGCUCGUCAUCGGGCCUUUGCAUCGUCUGUAGCGGCAGAAUCCGAGACGGAAAUAUCGCCGCCAUCGCCAUCACCGCACAAAAUUCCUCUCCCAACCAAUGAGUCAUGCGAGGAGUUGCUCCGGAUGCGCCAUACGUGUGCUCACGUGAUGGCUAUGGCGGUCCAGACACUCUAUCCAGACGCUAAAGUUACAAUUGGGCCGUGGAUUGAGAAAGGAUUCUACUACGACUUCGACCUCAAAGAACCACUGUCGGACAAGGAUUUGAAGAAGAUAAAGAAGGAAAUGGAUCGCAUCAUUGGCCGGAAUUUACCUCUGAGACGAGAAGAAGUAUCGAGAGAAGAAGCCAAGGAUCGAAUUAUGUCUAUCAACGAAAAGUACAAGCUGGAAAUACUAGAGGAUAUCAAAACAGAACCCAUUACAAUAUACCACAUUGGCAAUGACUGGUGGGAUCUUUGUGCUGGUCCACACGUUGAAAGGACCGGCCAGCUUAACAGGAAAGCCAUUGAGCUUGAGUCCGUCGCUGGAGCUUACUGGAGAGGUGAUGUCAAGAGACAGAUGCUUCAGCGGAUUUAUGGAACUGCUUGGCAGACGGAAGAGCAGCUCAAAGCGUAUCAAACGCAAAAGGAGGAAGCGAAGAGACGUGAUCACCGUCGACUUGGCCAAGACCUUGAGAUUUUCUCAAUCCAGGAGGACGCCGGGGGCGGUCUCGUCUUCUGGCAUCCUAAAGGAGCUUUGAUUCGCCAUUUGAUCGAAGACUACUGGAAGAAAGUCCACUUGAGACGAGGAUACGAGCUACUCUACACACCUCACAUUGCAAAGGCCGAGUUGUGGAAGAGAAGCGGGCAUUUGGAUUUUUACAAGGAGAAUAUGUUCGAGCAGAUAAAGAUCGAAGAGGAGUUUUAUCAGCUGCGGCCGAUGAACUGUCCGUUCCACAUCCAAAUCUACAAGGACAGAGUGAGGUCGUAUAGGGAGCUUCCCAUAAAGUUUGCGGAGCUAGGUACGGUGUAUCGCUACGAGCUGAGCGGUGCUCUUCACGGACUAUUCCGAGUCCGGGGCUUUACACAGGAUGAUGCACAUAUAUUUUGCCUUCCAGAACAGAUUAGAGGUGAAAUCAAGAGCGUUUUGGACCUGACAGAGGAGAUCCUUUCUCAGUUUGGCUUUCAAAACUAUGAGAUCAACCUGUCAACAAAACCGGAAAAGGCUGUCGGUAGUGAUGAUAUCUGGCACAAAGCAACGGAAGCUUUGAAAGACGCUAUAAGUGACAAAGGUUGGACGUAUGGAAUUGACGAAGGCGGUGGUGCUUUCUACGGUCCAAAAAUUGAUCUCAAGAUUGAGGAUGCUAUUGGCCGCAAGUGGCAAUGUUCGACAAUCCAGGUGGAUUUCAACCUUCCCGAGCGUUUCGAUCUUACAUACGUGGAUCCCAGUCAGGCCAGAAAGCAGCCCAUCAUGAUCCAUAGGGCGAUAUUUGGAUCCAUUGAGAGGUUUGUCGGCAUUCUUAUAGAGAGUUACGCUGGUGACUUCCCAUUAUGGAUCGCUCCUGUUCAAGCUCGCCUUCUCCCAGUCACGGACACUGAGCUGCCUUACUGUAAGCAGGUCCUGGCAAGGCUUAGAGAAAAGGACAUUCGAGCAGAGAUUGCGUGCGGUGAGCGGCUCUCCAAGCUGAUUCGUAAUGCCGAGGUUCAGAAGAUUCCGCUCAUGGCUGUGGUUGGUCCCAAGGAAGUCGAAGCUCAGACUUUGACUGUUCGCACCAGACACGGGGGAGAACUCGGCACCCUCAGCGUAGACGAGGUGAUUGACAGAAUCGAAACGGCCGUGGCAACCAGAGGAAUUCUCUAAAUCAAGAGCAAAGUUAUAAGUUACUGGACAGCGUCACAGGUACUGGACAGCAGGGAUGGAAAGUUAUCGUCACAGGCAACUUCGAGCUUUGACGCUGGUAUGUUUACUCGUGCUGUGCGUCCUGCUCUAUGCCAGAUCUGGAGGACAGGGUAUUGAUAGUGGUAGUGAGCAGCUGGGACCAAUUGGAAAGUCCAUGGUAGACAUGCUAGGUGGACAGGAUUUGGAUCUGGCAUUCACGAGCUUCGUCCCGAGCGAGGCCAUUCUGGACAAGCUCGUAAAGCCCUCAGGAGAGGACAGUAACAGGGACGGGAAUAGGCAGGCGCUGCUCUCUCGCUUGCUGGCUUCCAGCUCGGUUCCCAGCCGAAUUAGUUCCACGAGUUUGAGGCCGGGCGAGCAGCUCCAAGUCGAGACCAUAUCCGGUUACAAGCUGAGCUUGGGGGUGGACGUGAAUAGGGGCCUGGUGGUGAAUGGGAUGCGUUGCGUGGCCAGGGACCUGAGGAUUGGAGAAAUGCUCGUGGUUUACAUUGUCAAAGGUGUGAUUAUGGACCCGGAAUUGAGGAGAUCUGUCCUUGAUCUCGAUCCAGACAGCACAUAAUGCAACAUGAUGCAGUAAGUGGGAUUGAACCUGGCUUCUCAAGUCAAUGAAACCAGCUUUCAAGUGCUUUUAAAAACUUCUCUCCACCAGAGAAAGGAUGGUGCUAGCUCUCGAGUGGUAAGAUAUUGUUUUCUGCAGCGCACACACACACACACACACACUCAGGUAUGAGAUCUCGCUCGGCUUGGCAACUUGUUUUGUAGCUCCGAAACCAAGCAGGACGAUCUAGCGAAUCCUUGAGAAUAGUGGUACAGGGCAUUUGCCUUUGAUGAAUUGCUUAAUCUCGGGGUCCAGAUCCCGAGCGUGUUGUUCCAGGAGAGAUAUGUGUGUCGCGCAUCCAGAGAACAUCUACACUUAAAACAACACUUUGUCUCGCGAGUCGCGACUGCGAUGGCGCACAGUGGGGGUGGGGGAGUCACAAGAAAAAUGGAUGCAAGCCAGGAAAAAUGCUUGUUUACUCGCUUCUAUAAUGCUUUGGAAGUCGAGAGUCAGGGCUCUCAGGUCCUUCGCGCUCCA